AACAUCACGGUGUGGAAUAGUCUGGCGCCGGAGCGUCGCUGGAACCAUGCCUCUUCUGCAGAUUUGGACCGGGAAAUUUCAUCCACCGAUUUGAUCACCGGGAGGCUGCUGCUCACUCAUUCAUGCCAGUAUUUGUGUUUUUGAGGGGAGGAACACUUGUCAUCACUUUUAAAAGUAUUGUGUAUGCUGUUUUUGAGCGAAGAUGUCUGAUCUCCUGGUGCUGGUCGAGGGGCUCUGUGACCUGCACGGAUUUCCAUAGCUGAGGGAAAACAGUGGGGGCCAAUUAGACCAGAUUUAAAGAAUCCAGAAGCCUCUUUUAAUGAAGACAUCGCAUGCGUACAUGUAGGCUUAGUUUAGUCGACAUUUUUCAAAGGCAAUUAUCUUUUUUAAUUGCCACUUUUUACUUUGUGCGUUUUCUGGAGGACCACUGGACUGGUUGGAUUAUAGAAACUAUAUCUAAGGAUUUGUGGAGAUGUUGGGUCGUCAAGAAGAUAAAUUAUGUGGAAUUUUCUCUGCUCUGGCGGCUUUGUCCUUCGUAUGCUUUGUUCAAAGCUCCUCACCUGGAAGCUCGGGAAUGUCUGUGGCCAAGACUACCGUGGACAAGUUGCUGAAGGGAUAUGACAUCCGAUUAAGGCCUGAUUUUGGAGGUGCUCCAGUCAUCGUAGGAAUGAGCAUCAACAUAGCAAGCAUCGACUCCAUCUCAGAAGUAACAUGGUAAGACUACACCAUCACAAUGUAUUUCCAGCAGAGUUGGCGAGAUAAUUUGGCGUAUGGUGAGCUGAACCUUAACCUUACUCUGGACCGUGUAGCAGACCAGCUGUGGCUCCCUGACACCUACUUCCUUAACGACAAGAAGUCCUUUCUUCAUGGUGUGACAGUCAAAAACCGGAUGAUCCGUCUGCACCCUGACGGCACCGUGUUAUACGGGCUGAGAAUAACCACCACUGCUGCUUGCAUGAUGGAUCUGAGGAGAUACCCUCUUGAUGAACAGAACUGCACCCUGGAAAUUGAAAGCUAUGGAUACACCACAGAUGACAUCAAAUUCUUCUGGCAAGGAGGAGACAGUGCGGUGACGGGUGUGGACAAGCUAGAGUUACCUCAGUUCUCCAUCGUAGAUAUCCGCCUGGUGUCCAGGGAGGUCAGGUUCACUACAGGUUCAUAUCCAAGGCUUUCGCUGAGUUUCAGGAUUAAGAGGAACAUUGGAUAUUUCAUCCUGCAGACAUACAUGCCCUCCAUCUUGAUCACCAUCCUCUCCUGGGUCUCCUUCUGGAUCAAUUACGAUGCCUCUGCAGCUCGGGUGGCCCUGGGUGUGACUACGGUGCUCACCAUGACAACUAUUAACCCCACCUUAGGGAGACUUCCCAAGAUCCCGUAUGUGAAAGCCAUUGAUGUCUACCUCAUGGGCUGUUUUGUGUUUGUGUUCCUGCUGGCCCUGCUCGAAUAUGCCUUUGUAAAUUACGUGUUCUUUGGCCGGGGUCCUGCGCAACAGAAGAAACUCAGCGAUCGGCUGAACAUCAACAACGAGCGCACGAGAUACGAAGAGAAGCGCCUGAGGGAACAGGUUUACUCCAUUUCGCCCGUUUCAAACCACACCUUCAGGUCAUAUACACAGAGAAGAAAUCUGUAUCUCGAGGAACAAAGAAAAGUUGGGUACAUGUAUUUAGAAAUCAUCUCGACUGUGGAUGCAUAUGGAAACAUCCUCCUCACCACGCUGGAGAUGAACAACGAAGUGAUGCCUUCUGACGUUGGGGACAGUGUCAGUGACUCUCGGAAUUCCGUCAUGUCCUUCGACAGCUCCGUCCAAUUCAGGAAGCCCAUGGCGCCCCGGGACGGCUUCAGCCACCACUCGCUGGAUCGCAGUGCCAGAGGAGCGGCCAACUGUCGACUACGGCGACGCUCCUCCAAGCAAUUGAAAAUCCCAAACCUGUCAGAUGUUAGCACCAUUGACAAGUGGUCCCUCAUUUUCCCCAUCACCUUUGGAUUUUUCAACCUAAUCUACUGGUUGUACUAUGUGAAUUGAUGUGCAUCCCACUAGGA